CACCUUUCUGUGAACAGCUCGCACUUACUCUUCUUGGUGGCCAUUCUCUUCAGGUUUUGGGUUGUGUUUCGACCCACCCGCCAAGUCCCGCCCAGUCCCGCCCAGUCCCGCCCGCUCCUCAUGGCUUUGUCUUCCCUCCGAUGGACGGCCCGGUCCCUCUUGGGAUCACCCGCUCAGGCGUGUGUCCCGGUCGCGUGGCGAUCUUUGUCCAGCCAAGUCAACGAGGCCUCCUUUGAGAUCGAGCCCUUCAAGCUGCAUCUAUUGGAGUCAGGACCGGCCACGACCACGUCCUUGACUCGGGAUGAGGCUUUGGCUUACUACAAGGACAUGGUGGUGGUUCGCCGGAUGGAGACGGCCGCGGCCAAUUUGUACAAAGAGAAAGCCAUCCGCGGUUUCUGUCAUCUCUGCUCGGGUCAAGAGGCUAUCUGUUGUGGCAUCAAGGCCGCAUUGCGCCCUCAGGAUACCGUGAUCACAUCCUACCGGGCUCAUGGAUUUACCUACGUCAUGGGCGUGCCGCCGUUGGGCGUGUUGGCGGAGUUGACCGGCAAAUCUUCCGGCUGUGUGCGAGGCAAAGGUGGCAGCAUGCACAUGUACGCGAAGAACUUCUACGGAGGAAAUGGAAUCGUUGGCGCGCAAGUGCCAUUGGGCGCCGGUAUCGCCUUCGCCCAUAAAUAUAAGAACGAUGGUGGAGUUAAUUUCUCGCUCUACGGCGAUGGCGCUGCUCAGCAGGGACAAAUCUAUGAAGCUUAUAAUCUAGCCAAGCUUUGGGACCUACCGGCUGUAUUUGUUUGCGAAAAUAACCAUUAUGGCAUGGGCACCUCUCAAGAUCGCGCUGCAGCUUCGACCGCCUUCCACACGAGGGGCGAUUACAUUCCCGGUGUGCAGGUGGACGGUAUGGAUGUGUUGGCUGUCCGUGAGGCCACUCGUUUCGCUUUGGACUAUUGUAGUAGCGGGAAGGGGCCCUUGGUGUAUGAAAUUACCACUUAUCGUUACCAUGGUCAUUCCAUGUCAGAUCCCGGUACCAGUUACAGAACUCGCGAGGAGGUUCAAGAAAUGAGACAAACUCGAGACCCCAUCACCGGAUUCAGGGAGAAGAUUGUUUCCGCUGGAUUGGCUAAUGCCGAUGAGUUAAAGGCUAUGGAGCAAGAGGUUCGUAAAGAGAUCGAUGCCACAGUGAAGAAAGCCAAGAGUGAUCCCGAGAUCAAUGCUGAGGAGCUUUUCAAUGAUGUUUAUGAGAACAACCUGGAGGGCAAAUUGCGUGGUCUUCUCCCAUGGGAACGUCACGAGCACAAGAAGACUCAGACAGCCCAGAACAUCUAAACGGUGCAAAUGGGCGCUUCAUUCCACCCUGGUUGGCUAAUCCCGCCUUAUCAAUGGGAUCACUCAGAAGAAUUUUUUCCCAAGCUUUCUCUUUGGGCCGUAGCGGUUGAACCUUCAAUGGUGUUCGACUAUGAUGUCUGACGACUUCGUGAAGUGAAUAGAAUUUCUUAAAAAUGAACAAAAAUAAAACAACGUUAAGCGAU